AUGAGGCUCUAUGACGAUCUCCUCGCCAACGGGUACUACACGACGCGGCUGUGGAUUGGGACGCCGCCGCAGCAAUUCGCGCUGAUUGUGGAUACGGGAAGUACGGAGAAGGUUCCUGAGAGUGAGAAGACUGAUCAUCUAUUGGCUUUGCUCGUAGCAGAGGCAUCUCGGGUUGAAGGAACUGGCCAUCCCUUUCCCUUAACGAUUGUGUUUGUUGAAAGGAAGACGAGAUGUGACGAAGUUGCUGAAGCUUUGGUAGCACAAGGGUUGCAUGCAGUUGCUCUUCAUGGUGGUCGUACACAAACUGAAAGAGAAGCUGCUCUACGUGAUUUUAGAAAAGGCACUACCAGUAUUUUGGUUGCCACUGAUGUUGCAUCUCGCGGUUUGGAUGUCUCAGGAGUUGCACAUGUUAUCAAUUUAGAUCUUCCAAAGAGCAUGGAAGAUUAUGUACACCGGAUUGGAAGGACGGGAAGAGCAGGACUCUUCGGCACCAUAUCUGCUAGCUUCUCUUGUCUGCUUUCGUCGUCCACUGCGACACAGCUACGUCAUUCUCCUCCUCGCCCAGCGCAUCCGUGA